AUGUCGUUUGGAGGAGGAUUUGGGGGCUUCGGCUCCAAUACCAACACCAGCACAGGCUUUGGAGGAUUUGGUAGCAACAACACAACCAAUGCGGCACCUACAGGUGGAUUUGGCUCAACCAACAACACCUUUGGCGCCGCCAGCAACAACACCAGCGGCGGCCUUUUUGGAGGUGGUAGCAACACAACAGGAGGCUUCGGCUCUACUUCAGGUGGUUUUGGCUCGAAUACCACAGGUGGCUUCGGAUCGACUGCAAACAAGCCUGCUUUUGGUAGUACAACCUCUACUGGCGGUGGUUUGUUCGGUUCAAGUAACACUGGCACAGGCACAACGGGCACCGGCUUCGGCGGCUUCGGCAGCACGAACAACACGUCGACGACAAACACCUUUGGCAGCGGCAGUACCGGUGGCGGCCUAUUUGGCGGUACCCAAAACAAGCCUGCCUUCGGCGCGUCCACGACGGGAACUACUGGCGGUGGUCUUUUCGGCGGCGGCGGCACGACUACAUCGUUUGGCUCAGGUAAUGCAUUCAACGCACCUGCAAGCACAGCCCUGGGAGCCCCGGUUGGUGAUGCUCCUGGAACCGCAACCACCGCGUUCUCGCCCACACUGGAAAAAGAGUCUGCCGCUAGUCUCGCCCAGAACUCGUUUCAGAGCAUUCUCUUCCAGGAGCCCUACAAGAAGUGGUCCGCCGAGGAGCUGCGUCUAGCCGAUUACGCACAGAACCGUCGUUUUGGCAGUGGUUCUGGCCCUAGCUUUGGUGGUGGUUUCGGAGGCUUUGGCUCCAACACAAACACAGCUACCACGACGACCAACACCUUCGGCUCUGGAUCUAACACAGGUGGAGGCCUGUUUGGCUCCAACACGGGCUCAACCGGAUUUGGAGCAAACACGAACACGGCCAGUACCGGCGGCUUCGGCGCGAACACAUCAGGAGGACUUUUUGGUGCCAAGCCAGCAGCAGCAACUGGUGGAGGACUCUUUGGUAGUACUGGAGCAUCAGCCACACCUGCGUCUGGCGGCCUUUUUGGGUCGUCUGGAACAACUGGCUUCGGGACCAACACAAACACCGCGCCUGCCAACAAUGCUUUUGGCACAAACACGAGCACUACUGGAGGUGGGCUGUUCGGCAACGCAAAUCAGCAACAGAACAAGCCAGCUGGUUUCAGUUUCGGAAAUAACGCAGCCCCCGCUACUGGUGGAGGUGCUUUCGGAAAUACCCAACAACAGAGCACUGGUUUUGGGGCGACCAAUACUGGUGGCGGAGGUCUCUUUGGCAACAACCAGCAGAGUACUGCGAAUGCGGGUGGUGGCUUGUUUGGUAACAACACCAACACACAGCAACCAAGCGCUGGGGGAUUCGGUGCCAGUGGUGGUUUUGGCACUCAGAAUACUCAGUCGACAGGCGGUGGCUUGUUUGGUGGCCAAACCCAGCAGAAGCCCGCAGGUGGCUUGUUCGGCAAUACCCCUACAAACACUGGUGGUGGCCUUUUUGGAAACACUGGCAAUACUGGAAGCACUGGCUUUGGCACGAACAACCAGCAAAGCGGCGGAAUGUUUGGCAAUAAGCCUGCCGGCACCGCCACUGGCGGGAUCUUUGGCAACAGCACGAACGCCCAGAACACCAACGCCGGUGGCGGUCUGUUUGGUGGGAUAGGAAACAAUGCACAGCAGCAGCCCCAGCCCAGUGGUGGACUCUUUGGUGGCUUGAACAAUUCGACACAGAAUAAGCCGGCUGGAGGCUUGUUUGGUGCACCCAACCAGUCUGCUGGGGGCGGUCUAUUUGGUGGCCAAAACAAUGCGCAGCAGGGAGGUGGUCUAUUUGGAAACUCAACCAACCAACAGCAGCAAAACAGCCUUGGUAACUCCCUCUUUGGCAAUAGUAUGAACAAUCAGCAAACGCCACAAACACUUACCGCGAGUGUCAAUGACCCAUCGGCCUACGGUACGGGAUCUCUUUUUGGAAACCUGGCUGCUCCAACCAACGACCCUGGCCCUCUUGCAACGCCACUAUCAGCCAAGAAGCAGACGAAGCGUCCUUCAAUCCUGCCAAUGUACAAGCUCAAUCCGGCCUCGGCUUCGCGUCUGACUACUCCUCAGAAGCGAGGAUUCGGCUUCUCUUACAGCACCUACGGCACGCCAAACAGCCCGUCCAGUGCAGCUAGCACCCCUGGAUCCAUGUCUCAAAGCCUUCUUGGCGGAGGCAGUCUAGGCCGUAGCUUCAGCAAGAGCAUCUCGUCGAGUAAUCUGCGACGCAGCUACAACGUCGAAGAUAGUCUGUUGGCCCCAGGUGCAUUUUCUGCAAGCGUCGGGCCAAGAUACGGUGGAGGCAACAAUGUCAAGAAGCUCGUCAUCAACCGUGAGCUGAGGAGUGAUCUUUUCUCAACUCCUACCAGAACCCCAGAAAACGCAACCAGUGGUUCACGCAAACUCAACAAGCGCGUGAGCUUUGAAGAGUCGCACGAGACUCCGAAGGCCAUUGAGGCCGCUGCGAGCAACGGCAGCCCGACUGCCGAGGAACUGGGCUACAUUCGCCCUCAGACUAACGGAACCAAUGGUACAAAAACCCCUGAAGUUGAGCCUGCUAAGAGCCGGGAUCUUGCGAUUGUUCACGAAGAAGAGGUGACAAGCCCAAGUACAACAGCGGCAUCUGCUGGCGGUUUCGAGAAGGAGCUUGGCGACUACUGGAUGGAGCCUAGUAAGGAGGAGAUUCUAGCCAUGAAUCGUGUCCAGCGUCAAAAGGUGUCAAACUUUAGAGUUGGUCGCACAGGUUCUGGCUGGGUUAUGUUCAAGGUGCCAGUUGACUUGACUCAGAUCGAUAUCGACAACCUCUAUGACAACAUUGUCGUUCUCGAUAUUCGAUCUUGCACAGUGUACCCCAAUGCCGCAAAGAAGCCUCAAGUCGGCAAGGGCCUCAACGUUCCCUCGAUUAUCAAUCUGGAGAACUCGUGGCCCCGCGCAACCAAGUCGCGUAGCAAAGCACCUACCUCUAUGAAGAAGCACAUUGAACGUCUCAAGCGUAUAGAGAACACUCAUUUCGAGAACUACAAUGAGGAGACUGGCGAAUGGACAUUCUCCGUUGAUCACUUCACAAGAUAUGGCUUAGACUACGAUGAGGAUGAGGACACCGAAGCCGACCGCUCUACGGAGGCUCCAGCGUAUCCAAGGCAUGAGUCCGCGUCCCCGUCACCUUCAGCAAACCCUGACUUUGACCAGGACGAACUUUACGACAUCCGACCCGACAACCGCCCAUUGCCCGGUGCCUUUGACGCCACCGAACGACACAGGAGCAAGCGAGGCGUAGAUGAGAUGGCUGAAAUCAGUGCAUCGCGGCCGUCUUUUUUAGGUAGUCGCUCCGUGGGUUCUACUUCCAGAGCUCUCGUUCCUGUGGCACAGGAGGGUCUGGAUGAAGAAUAUGCAAUGUCUGAGGAUCAAGAUGCGAGUUCUGAUCUUGGACAACAUCACGCUGCGGAGCAAGAUGACGACUCGUUCGCUGCCAGCCAGAUGGAGUUUGUUCCUGAAACUCCGGCCGGAAUCAUGAGAGCACGCAUGCGUGCCAUUAAAGGAUCUGCCACCCCUGCCAAAAUCACAGUGACGGCCGGGGAUGACUGGAUGGAUAUGCUUCAAAAAACUGUCAGCCCACAAAAAAGAGAUCGUGCUCGACUCAGGGAGAAUCAAGAAGCCGAGCUUUACCGUGUCCAGGACAACGUACAGCGACAGCCUUCUCCAAAGAAGCGGGCUGUAUCUGAUGGUCGUGGCUUUGCCACCAGCAUUGACCUGAUGAAGUCUAUUUUCGAGCAGGCCAAGACACCCGUCGAGAAACCUGUUCCUGCCGUGCACGCUGGAACUGUCAAGUGGCCUUAUAAAAGAAUGACGAAGACGCUUGAUGAGAAUGAUCUUGACCAGAAAGAUCAGAUCUGGCACGACACCCUACGGCCAACAUGGGGUCCGAAUGGCACAUUGGUCUUUGCAGCCAACCCCCAAGAGACUCCGUUCGGUCGAUCUGGUCGCAUUACCGAAAAGAAUGGCUUGAUGACAGUCACUAAAAACAACUUCAACUUUGAAUCUCAAGACAUUCGCAUUGCCAGGUUCUCGAACGAGAUGUCUGCGAAGGCAAUUCGUGCACAUGCCGACCUCUCUCAGAUAUAUCUGGAUAAUGGAGUUCCCACCGUUCAAGGGCCUCGAGUCAGUCUGAAGGACUUCUGUACUGACACUGGCGCCAAAAACACUGCUGCUGAGCACGAAAAGCUCGUAUGGGAGCUUGCCAGUACCCUAUUUGAUAAUAUCAAAAUCCCCUCCGAAUACUCGGACCAGCCAGAUGCAGGGGAGAGACUCCGGCGGGAAGCUCUGUCCCGUUUCUGGGAGACCAUGGUCGAAGUUGAAUCAAACAAGGCCAUUUCCAUGGCAGGCUCGAGUGAAGAGAAGGCCUUGGCGGCCUUGGCAGGCCAUCGCAUAGCCGAUGCUUGUAAACAUCUGCUCGACGGCAAGAACUUUCGCCUCGCCACACUAAUUUCUCUCAUUGGCACCGGGGAUGAGAUCAAGCGUGACAUGCAGGAGCAGAUCAAGGAUUGGCAGUCAAGCAAGGCCCUCUCUGAGUUUUCAGAGCCAAUUCGAGCACUAUAUGAAAUGCUGAGCGGUAAUGUGUGCAUCUGCGAAGGCACAAAAGGGGGUGUCUCAGAGGACCGCGUCGAGUCAUUCGUGAUCUCUGAGAAGUUUGGCCUCAACUGGAAGCAAGCUUUUGGCCUCCGUCUUUGGUACGCAUGUUCUUCGGAGGAUGCCAUUGCAGACGCUGUUGAAAAGUACAAGGAGGAUUUUCAACAAGACAAGGAGCAACGGCCGUUGACCUGGUUCGUGGAAGCCGGCAUUCGCAGCAUCUGGAACGAUCCGAGGGAAGGUGAUCGCGAGGAUCUACUAUGGGGGCUCUUGGAACUCUAUUCGAACCCAGAUGCUGACCUGGAGUCUGUAUUGCGACCUGAGAACUCCCAACUCUCGCCGCUGGACUAUCGCCUCACCUGGCAGCUUGGCCAAGCUUUGACAGCAACCGGAAAGGUAUCUUUUGGAAGUGAUGCCACUGAGAAGACAGAUGCUGCUACCGUAUCGUUUGCCUCGCAAUUAACCAACGAGGGCAGCUGGCUCGAGGCAGCUUUUGUCAUUUUGCACCUUACGGAUGCGGACACAAGGUCAAAGGCCCUACAGGAACAUCUCUGUCGCCAUGCUGGCUUGAUUGGUGACGAGCAGUCUGAAAGCUUCAAGCGACUGACGGAGAAGCUCAAGAUGCCUCCACGAUGGAUCUGGCAUGCCAAGGCUUUGCAUAUGCGAAGUGUCAAGAAGGACGCUGCUGGCGAAGUCCAAUGUCUCUUGCGCGCAGAAUCCUUUGCCGAGGCUCAUCAGGUCUUCAUCAAGGAAGUGGCUCCAUACGCCGUCAUCGAGCGCGAUUAUGAUGCUCUAGCUGAUCUACUCCGUCAAUUUGAUGGUCGUCAGUCGCAGGUGCCGGACUGGAAUUUGGGAGGCGAGGUCUACAAAGCCUUCCUCCAGCUGGUGGGUUUCCAGCGUCGUCACGAACAAGCUCCUCUGGCUCUGAUCAGCGGACUGCUGGAGGGUCUGCCUGCGAUGCAUGGCAACACGCCUGAGGCAGGAAUCAUGGAGUAUGCAGCCCUUACCGACAUGGCCGAAGUUGUUGCCAAGGUGGUCAGCGAUCUGGCUAAGAACGGAAAGAUGGACCAUCAGCGAAUACUUAAGUUGCCGCUCACUGAGGAUGUCUUGCUUCGUCACAGCCGCGACCUAGCUUGGUCGCACUACCACGCGGUUGUAGCUGGCCAGUGA